GAUUCAGCUAGUGUGUUUUGACAGUUUACUUGAAUUUACAAGAGGAAGCCUCUCGUGGUGAAGUGCACGAGUUUUUUUUUUUCUCUCGACUAAAUCGAUAUUACUUUCAAUUUAACAUCACUUCCGCAUAAGCUAAUGCUUAAUGCAUUGUGGGGAUUUCUCAAGACGGUUCUAUCAUACGUUAUUUGACCAAAAUCAAAUAUUUUGGUUAAUAUAAGAGCAAUGGGCCAGUCUUACAGUGCGCAGUGCAAUUUGUCUGAGGUGCCAUGUCUCCCGGGAAAAUACACAGGUCCGGUUCCUGCAGUCCCUUUCGAGAUUCUGGAAGAGAUCUUCCUGAAUCUUCCACCACAACAGGUGGUAUAUGUAUGCCGCUUAGUUUGCCGUGAGUGGAAAGAUGUUGUCGACAGUGAUUCUCUAUGGAGAGAAAGGUGUCGGAGAGAGGGAUAUAAUUUGUGUGAUACCAAAAGACUACCCAAAGACUGGCGAUUCUUCUACUUCUUACGUAGGAAGAGACGCAACCUUCUGAAAAAUUCCAGAGCAGAUGAAAGUUUUAAUGGCUGGCAGAUUUUGGAGAAUGGCGGAGAUAAAUGGAAGAUUGAGACAGUGGGAAAUCCACCUCUUCCUGAUGACACAGUCCAGAAAUACUUUGUGACAUCUUACCACACCUGCAAGAAGUGUCAGCUGAUUGACUUGGCCAAGGAGGGUUACAAACCAUCUUUGAUGGAUGAGGUCCAGCCAGAUAUUGUUAUAUCUGAUUGGUAUGCUCCACGCUUUGACUGUGGCAGUCUGUAUGAGAUCUGUGUUCAAGUGCUGGAUAAGAAGAAGGUUCCAAUACAGACAUUCUCCCCAGAUACUGUCUGUUUUCAGCAAUGGAAUGAUCAGACAUGGAAUCAGAUGACUCAUGUGUUUAAGGACUAUGGACCAGGAGCUCGAUUCAUCCGCUUCACACAUGGGGGCAGAGACACUCAGUUCUGGGCGGGAUCGUAUGGAAUUCGUGUCACCAACAGUAGUGUGGAGAUAUGCCAUUCAGUGGACAGAGAGCUUCCACUGGAACUCCCAUCCCAUGUCGCCAAUCAUCUUUGACUACUUCCACACAGUUAUUCCCCAAAGACAACCUGAAUGUCACUUUAGGCUUGUUAGCUAAUUUCUGCCUUAAGAAACACCCUUUUGUCUAAUCACUGUGGAAACAUUCUAAUACUGCAUCUAAACAAAUUAAUGUGUCUGUUUAAGUAUUAUAUAUUUUAUAUAAUAUGUGGGAGAAGUUUGUGAGAAAAAGGACUGUUAUACCAAAGAAAUACAGACGAUGAAUCAUACA